CGGCCGCGGCCGCCGCGGAGCCGCUCGCACUCCGGCCAGUUCGACAGUCCCAGCGCAGCUCCGCCGCCGCCGCCUCCUCUUCCUCCUCCUCGACGGACUUUUGGCAACUGCCCCGCCGCCGCCGCCGCCAUGGACGCCAUCAAGAAGAAGAUGCAGAUGCUGAAGCUGGACAAGGAGAACGCGCUGGACCGCGCCGAACAAGCCGAGGCCGACAAGAAGGCCGCCGAGGAGCGCAGCAAGCAGUUGGAGGAAGACAUUGUGCAGUUGGAAAAGCAACUGCGGGUCUCGGAGGACGAGAGGGACCGCGUCCUGGAGGAGCUGCAUACUGCUGAGGACAGCCUACUCACUGCGGACGAGAAGGCCACCAAGGCUGAGAGCGAUGUGGCUUCUCUGAACAGGCGCAUCCAGCUGGUGGAGGAGGAGCUGGAUCGUGCCCAGGAGCGCCUGACGACAGCCCUGCAGAAGCUGGAGGAGGCCGAGAAGGCGGCAGACGAGAGCGAGAGAGGCAUGAAGGUCAUUGAAAGCAGAGCCCUGAAGGAUGAGGAGAAGAUGGAGAUCCAAGAGAUCCAGCUGAAAGAGGCCAAGAACAUCGCUGAGGACGCUGACCGGAAGUACGAGGAGGUGGCCCGGAAGCUGGUGAUUAUCGAGAGUGACCUGGAGCGUGCUGAAGAGCGGGCUGAGCUCUCCGAAAGCCAAGUCCGACAGCUGGAAGAACAGCUAAGAACAAUGGAUCAGACCUUGAAAGCACUCAUGGCAGCCGAGGAAAAGUACUCUCAGAAGGAAGACAAAUAUGAAGAGGAAAUCAAGGUCCUGACUGACAAACUGAAAGAGGCUGAGACCCGAGCUGAAUUUGCAGAGAGGUCAGUAACCAAGCUAGAGAAGAGCAUCGACGACUUAGAAGAAAAGGUGGCUAAUGCAAAAGAAGAAAACUUCAAUAUGCAUCAGAUGCUGGACCAAACUCUACUGGAGUUAAACAACAUGUGAUAAGUCUCUUAGCUGGGAUGGUGCCAACAUCAAUUUCAUUUCCAGUUCUUUUUUUUUAAACACCUGCUUGCCAUGAAACCCCUUGAAAUGUGUCCUUAUUUUAUCAUUCCCGCUUCCCCCCCACCCCCACACCAUGUUGCCACAAUCAUCACAGGCCCGUCUGCUCUAUCCAGGCGUGGAGUCGGGGAAAAGAUUAAGACGGGGAACAGGGUGCAGGAGUUAUGGGGGCCAUCUGCCAGCUAUGAGGUGCCCUUCUUGGGACUCCUGUUGCCUACGCUUUGGAUGGAGUCGGUUAAUGCCAAUUGUCUGCAGGCUCCAAAAAAUGGGGAUAUUCUUUUGUUAGGAUUGCCAAGGUAGAUCUCUUUCAGUUUAAUUGUUAGGGACGCAGGAUGAAGGGGAGAGGGGAUUUUAAUCAGCUUAUCUUGAAAGAAAAGGCAGCCACAUCGCGCCCCCCCCCCCCCGGAUAA